AUGAAGUCAAGCGAGCCAGCAGCGAAGCGACAACGAUUGGGGGACUGCCAAGUGUGCAGGAUCGAGACUGCUCGGUACACCUGUCCAGCUUGUGGCUGGAAGAGCUGUUCGGCUCACUGUACAAAGGAGCACAAGCAAGCACAAGAUUGCUCUGGCCAGCGAGAUAAGAUCGCCUAUGUGCCCGCGAAAGAGUACAGCUAUCGUCACUUCAUGGGCGACUAUGUCUACCUCGAGGACAUCGCUCGCAAAGCUGCUGAGUGGGGCUCAGAGAUCUCCAAACUGCCUCGACCGCGACAUACUGCCAUGGGGCGUGGCGACCAGCCAGGCACAGAGCGACGAAGAGGUCCCGUUCCGUUUGGCGUACCUACCUCGAGACGAGAAGAGGAGCUGCGAGUCAGAGCUUGCGGACAAGAGAUCGAUCUGCUCUUUCUGCCGACGGGCAUGCAUCGCAAGCAACUCAACCAGACUCAGUACAGGUCAAAGAAGCGGGACAUAAGCUGGACUUGCACAGUGACCUUCUUCGAAGCAACAAGCACCGGCAAGAACUCCAGCGCCAUCGCACUUCAUUCGAGCAGUUCGAACAGUACGCCCGCCCAACUGCUCAAGAAGCUCGUGUCGCUCAAGACGGGCGCGAACAUCUUGUCUGUUGCCGUCAGAGACCAUCUCAUCCGAUUGCUUGGCGAGGAUGCCGUGGAGGGCGGAAAGGGCAAAGGUCAUAUGAGACAGGGCUAUCUGUCGACCGUCGAGCAGCUCGACGAUCUCGUCUGUUUCAUACGGGUCCCUGUUCUGCCAAGUCGCAGUCAGGUCAGACGAGCGGAAGAGCAUCCUGAGCCCAAGCUGCCGCAAAUCAGAGCUCGUGACGAGCCCAAAGGACCUGUGAUCUCAUUGAUGCAAGGUCUACCCGCUGCGCCUUCCUUUUUGCCACAAAAGCCAGUCGAUAUCGUGCCGCCUGCACAGCCUGCGGUGGCAGAACCUGUCAAGCCACAGCCAUUGCCGACGACAGCGCCGUCGUCGAUGCUUGCUGCUGCGCUUGCACCCAUCACGAGAGGCAAUUUGCCUGCUAAGCCAGCAGUAGCACAACCCCAUUCUGCUCGGAUGAGCCUUCUCGCCCUUGCCAUGGCAGACGACGAGAUCUCAGAUUCCGACAGCUCGGACGAUACUGGAUCCGACACCUCUUCGGACGACUCUGAUGAUACACAGUCGAGAGCAGUACGCCAGAUCUGGCUCUUGCCCGUCAACGAGCCGCUCUCAACGUCGCUGCGCAAGACGAUGAUUGUCGAGUUCCCAGAGAUUUUCAUCUGUGCCCGAUCAGAGCUACAGGCCAAGCUACGCUCUGGUCAGCUCGUUCUAGCUGAUGCACACGAUCGCCAUACUCGGUCGAUCCAUCUCGAACGCUACCCGGCCCCCACGAACGGCACCAUGCGUCAAUGGGGCUCAAAGGAGAACCUCGACCCGAUAGAGGCUGCACCUUCGCCGCAAGAGGAGACAGAGCAAAUUCACGAGGAGGACGAACUGCCUGUGCCUGUGCCUCGCUAUGGUCUUGUUGACUACAAUAGCGAAUGA